AGGGGCAAAAGAGUAAAAACACAGAUCCCGAGACUUUGCGUUAUAAAUGAAAUCCUCUUGGUUAAAGCAACGAGUUGACUCAGUUUCAUCAUAACUAUAAUAAACGGCAAUCUCUUCACUUUCCUCUUUAACUUCUUCUUCUUCUUCUUCAUCCCUCUCAUGGCAUUGGACGAGAGCUUGAUGAUGAUGUCUUCAUUUCCAGUCGUCGAAGAAGACGCUGGAUUCCACCAGAUCCGUACCUCUCUGUCUCGACUCUCUGUUUGCACAUCCUCCGUUUACGACGACGCCACCAAGAAUCAUCCUGACUUGGGCGUUGUCGAGAGCUUCGACGGAGCAGAAGCCGACGGAGAAGUCUCCGAAGACGGCGGUGGAGGAGGAAAAGAGAACGUUCGAGAGUCUGACUCCGACAAAGAGACGCCACGGUUUUACUCCCUCCCGGCGACUCCACCUCGCCGGAGAAGAAAAAACACAGUCACCGGAGAUAUAGACGCGAACGAGAGUAGCAGAGACGGCGGUAAGAGUAGUAGCUCACGGAGGCAGAGGAGGGUGCUCAGGGAGAAGAAGAAGAAAGGUCACGGCUUUAACGGCGCUGACGGAGAGAGUGACGGCGGUGGUGGAUUGGGGUUAACGGUGUUAACGAGAGCUAAAGGAGGAGAGAAGUCGCUGAGGAUGGGGCUAGAGGAAGUGAAAGCUUGUAGAGAUCUCGGGUUCGACUUAGAGGUUCCGGGUCGGAUCUCUGUGUCAGCCGGGUCGAAUUUCGAUACUCAGACUAGUAGUGGCAGCAACUCUCCGAUCGCCACGUGGCGCAUCUCGAGCCCCGGUGAUGACCCGAAGGAGGUUAAGGCGAGACUCAAGGUGUGGGCACAAGCUGUAGCGUUAGCUUCUUCGUCACGUCAAGCUAAUUAGCUUCUUAAUAUAUCUUUCCCCUCUUUUUUAGGUUUUUUUUUUUUUUUCACUUUUGUCCUCUUGCUUUUGGUUCAAGUAAUUGCUUAACUUUUAGGGUUUUUGAUGUUUUUAAUGGGUUUUUAUGAGAUUUACGAGCUUAAUCAGCAGUUGUUACAUGGAUGAUGGAAAUAGCAACGUGUAACCCUAACGUGCGAUUCACUGUGGUACACAAAGGUGAAAGAUAAAGUGCUAUGUACAAUAGGAAGACCUCACAGAACAGAACAAAGGUUUAGACUUUUGACAUGAAAAGCAGAGCUCAUGAUCUGUUUUUGAGAUUCGGACGUUUUGUAAUAGAGUCCAAUGAAUAAAGGAAUAUGUUCUUUACCUUUUAUUCAUUUUCAUUUUGAUA